AUGGCAGUAAAGCGUCCACCGAUGGUCGCCACAUGGGUUGAUCAAAGUAUUGGAGAAGUCGGUACACAUAAAUCCAUCAAAGAUCGCUUCGAAACCUUAUCAACAUUCAUAUCUCAAUGGUUAUAUUUUAAUUCUUCGGAUGACUUUACAACUUAUGUGGAAAACAACCCGAAUGUUAAGAUAAUCAGUGUGAUGUCAGGUGGCAUGUCUCGUUUAUUAGUUCCGAAACUUUCGUAUCAUGCUUGCUUGGAGAGUGUCUAUGUCUUUUGCGCAGAUCGUGCUCGAGCUCGUGAAGCUUUGGAAGGUGAGGCGAAAGUGAAAGGAAUAUUUACUAUUGAAGACGAUUUAUAUGAACAAAUGACAAAUGAUUUGUCGAGAUUGUUACUGGAGGAUGGAAUUGCAUUAGCAAAAAUCGACGAACGAAAUGCAGCAAAAUUGAAUUAUGAGGAGGCAAAGAGAUUAUUGAAUGCUCUACCAGAGACAAGUAUCGAUGAAAAUGAGAAAAAGGCCAGAAUCGAAGAAAUCAAUGUACGAAUAGAUCAACUACUUGCUUAA